AUUCCGAGCUAAGGCAUGCGGCUGCGGACUGAGACGUCCUGUGUGUGCCUGCCUGCGGGCCCAGGUGACUGCGUCAUGGGCGGCGGUGAAGCUGUGGCCCACUCCAGGCCGUACAUGGCGUCGAUCCAGCACGACGACAAGCACGAGUGCGGCGGCUUCCUGAUCUCCGGGCAGUGGGUGAUGACCGCGGCGCACUGCUUCUCCGAGCCGUCCGACAAGAGCAUCAGAGUGGUGCUGGGAGCCCAUUCCUUGUCCACGCCGGAAGACAGCAAACAGGUUUUCAGCAUCGCAUCAAGCCACCCUCACCCGGAAUUCUCCUUGGAAAACUAUGACAACGACAUUGCGCUGCUGAAGCUGGACGGCACGGCCACGGAGAGCAGCGCGGUGAAGCCCAUCGCGUUCCAGCGCGGCGGGGGCUACGUGCAGGAAGGGGAGGAGUGCAGCAUCGCCGGCUGGGGCGCCACCAGCAACAUCGGCUUCCGGCCGGACAAGCUGCAGCAGGUGGACGUCAAGGUCCUGAGCCGGCGCCUGUGUGGCCGCAGCGACUACUACGGAGACAAAUUCACGGACAACAUGAUGUGCGCCGCCGAGAGCCGGAAGGACACCUGCGAUGGCGACUCGGGCGGGCCGCUGGUGCACAGCGGCGUGGCGGUGGGCAUCACGUCCAAUGGCAGCAAGAAGUGUGGGCGCCCCAAGAAGCCGGGGGUCUACACCGUGAUUUCGCGCUACGCCCAGUGGAUCGACAGCACCAUGCAGCAGUGACCCGCAGUGCUCCUCACGCCCCCCCCAGCGCCAGGGGAGAUGGGGGGGGGCAGGGCGGCGGCCCGCUUUGGGGAAACAGAGGCGCUUAGCCUUGUACUCUUUCAGCUGCGCCUGCUUUGUUAACCAGCCUGAUUAAAGCAAUAAACUGCCUCUCAUUGCAA